AUUGACAUUUUAUAUUAAUUCAAAUUUCAAAACAACCUCAAAAAAUUGGAAUAAAAAUUCUAUCGAUUAACGAUACAUUAUACAAUAAUUAUAUUAUAAUUAUAUUAAUCAGAUUCACUAAAACUUUAAGUUAAAAUGAAGUUAACGGCUAUUUUAUUGCGUAGAAAUUUACUUCCUAAUGGUCACAUUUUUAGAGGAAAAGACCGCUUAGUAAAAAGGGUAGAACCAAAACAUCUUCGCCAACUUCAACGGGAAUUUGAAAUUGAAGAACAAAAUAUGUUAUGUCUUCGUCAUCCUUAUUUGUCUGAAGCUGAAUGCAGUGGCCACGCUAAAGCUUUAGGUAAACCUGAAGCUCGACGAGACAGGCUUGUUAAUCUGACAAGAAGUAUCUUCAAAAAUGAUGUAACCCUGUAUGAACGACUUGGACAUUUACGAACUAAGGAAAGUUGGGAUUAAAUAUAAAUUUAAGUUUAAGCUUAUUAGAAUGUUAAAUAUAAUAAUGUAUAGAUAGAAAGUACAAUGGAAAUAAAUUUAUAGCUCUAA